AGAAGAUGCAGCGAACGGAAUUGGUGCUUCUUGUUUCUUGUUUCAUCCCACGCCCGUAAAUAAACCCACCGUGUCCUCUACUGCGGGUGUUUUUACCGAGGCAGCUCCCUCCCCGUCCUCGGUGAUGGCGUCGCGGCGGGCGGGCUACGCCGGCGUGGACUCCUCUCCGGCCGGCGGCGCCGCCCGCAAACCCGGGGUCGGCAGCACCGUGGCCGGGCCCGGGGCCAGGGCCGAGAGAGCGGCCCGGGGCCCCGGGCAGGGGGCCGGGCAGGGGGUGACCGUCACCUCCCUGAAGUCCCGGCUGGCCCCCGCCGUGCAGGCGGCCAUGUCCGCCGCCGUGGACACGCUGCUGGGCGGGGUGGUGCUGCUGCUGCAGGACUCCCAGCAGGAGCUGCUGGCCGAGCAGCUGGAGAACGAGCGGCUGCGGGUCCGGCUGGAGGUGUCGGAGCGGGAGCUGCGGACCCUGCACGAGUGUCUGUGCAGCGCCCAGAAGCUCAUCGACCAGCUGCAGGUGCCGUACGGGGGCCAGGGGGGGCCCCAGGGGGGCCCUCAGCAUGGGGCCCCGCAGGGGGCCGUGUUCGCCCCGUCCCUCUCUUCCCUCUCCUCCAUGGCCUCCAUGACUCCGGGACUGGACCGGGAGCACCAGAACCCCAGGAACGGGGUGGACCUGGGUCUGGGUGGAUCUGUGGAGGAUUCUCUUCACGGGUUUGAACCCAGGGAUGACUUCAAAAUGUGCCAGCUCUCCAUCCAACCAGACGGUUCUGUGACCAAUCACAGUCUGGACUCCUUUGCAGCCAACACUCCUCACCUGUGCUCAGAUGCUGGACGACCAGAUGAAAGGCAGCCUCAAGGACCAGGUGCAGCAUCCAGGUUUGAGGUCAAAGAGGAGCAGGGACCAGUUUCCAGCUCUGGCCAGCCCAGCAGGAAGGAUCCUGGGAUGUGCAGUGACAGCCAGGUUGGAGAUGGAGAGAGGUCGUCACACGGCGUAGGGGACAUUGGCUACGGUCCAGUUGGAGGGGACGGGGGCUCUCAGCGCUCCUUCACUCACCCACUGCGCCACCAAAGACCUGUGCGUGAAUGUGGCAAUGCUUUACAGCAGAGUGGGCUUGAUGGCCAGAAGCCCUUGCCCAGGACUUCUGUAGCCGGCAGAGGAGACGGCGUCUCGCCCGGCAGAGCAGAAGACUCUGCCGGGCCCUCGGCCCCCGACACGGCCCCGGAGGCCUCUGCAGACCGGCCCCACCACUGCUUGGAGUGCGGAAAGACCUUCCGUCUGAUCUCCAGCCUGAAGAAGCACAUCCGCAUUCACACGGGGGAGAAGCCGUACCCGUGCGCCGUCUGCGGCCGGCGCUUCCGCGAGUCCGGGGCGCUCAAAACGCACCUGCGCAUACACACGGGCGAGAAGCCGUACUCCUGCUCCGAGUGCGGAAACAGCUUCCGACACUUGGACGGCCUGCGCAAACACCGCCGCACGCACACGGGCGAGAAGCCGUACGUGUGCACCAUCUGCGGGAAGCGGCUGAGCCGCCUGCAGCAUCUCAAACACCACCAGCUCAUCCACACCGGGGAGAGGCCGUGCUGCUGCCCCUUCUGCAACCGCACCUUCAAGGAGCCCGCCGCGCUGCGGAAACACAUCCGCACGCACCGCGACGAGGGCGGUCACAUGGGAAUCCCCCCCAUCGAAGAAACGGACCAGGAUGCGAUGGAGGACAUGAACAACCUGCCCCCCGCAGCUCCCUCUCCUCAGAUGAGGUUCGGGGAGUGGGGGCCCGAGGAGGACGACGGCUCGGUGCCGGACUGUGUGUAGGGCCGGACGGUUGGUGUUUUUACCCACCAGAAAUGUGGGCAAAGAUGGGGAAUAAGGUGUGUAUUGGGUCAUAAUUGUUUCACGGUUUAUUACACAGUGAACACCCAGGCAGCUUACACAGUUGUGAAAAAGAAAGGACAUCUUCUAUCAAAGUUUUAUUACUUUAUUUCCAAAACAUCAGUUAGAAUUUCAGAUGAACAACAAUACACACAUAUUACACUGCCUUUUAUUUAUUGAACAAAACUAAGCCAGAAUGCAGAAUCAGUACGUGACAAAAGCACAGGA